GGCGGGGCCGAGGCCGGGGUAGUUGUGCGCUCUUGUCCACCAGGGAGUCGCAAGCUGGGCGCACGCGAUUCUUGCCGUGCAGCCACACGCUGGUGCAAGUCUUCCGAGGCGCGGCGAGCGCGGUGAAGGCUGAGGCGUUGCUGCAGGAGUCGCGGAUCCCCCGUGUCCCUAGCGCACUCAGCAAGGCCCCCGUCCUCUGCAGUCCCCUCGAGAAGCUCGCAAUGGCCCCGCGCAAGAACGCCAAGGGCGGCGGCGGCCACAGCAGCAGCAGCAGCGGCAGCGGCUCGGGCAGCGGUAGCCCGAGCACGGGGAGCAGCGGGAGCAGCAGCAGCCCCGGGGCUCGGAGAGAAGCAAAGCAUGGAGGACACAGGAAUGGGCGGAGAGGAGGAAUUUCUGGAGGCUCCUUCUUCACAUGGUUCAUGGUCAUUGCCUUGCUGGGUGUCUGGACGUCUGUGGCCGUCGUGUGGUUUGACCUGGUGGACUAUGAGGAAGUUCUAGGAAAACUAGGAGUCUAUGAUGCAGACGGUGAUGGAGACUUUGAUGUGGAUGAUGCAAAAGUUUUAUUAGGACUUAAAGAAAGAUCUACUUCAGAGAAGACAUUCCCACCGGAGGAGGCCAAGGCACCGGCUGAGCUGGAGGAGCAGGCUCUCGAGGGGGCAGAAGUCCAGAAUGCUGAAGAUGAAGUAAAAGAACAAAUUCAGUCUCUUCUCCAGGAAUCAGUACACACAGAAUAUGACCCACAGCUGGAAGCAGAGGGCCCAGCAGGAGAACCACAGCCAGAGGUUGAGGACUUCCUCCUCACAGUGACUGACGGAGAUGACAGAUUUGAGGCCCUGGAACCUGGGGCGGUUCAUGAAGAAACUGAGGAUAGUUACCAUAUGGAAGAGACAGCAUCCCAGGACCAUCCAAACGAUGUGGAAGAGAUGUUGCAAGAACAAGAAAGCUCAGAUCCCAGCGAAGCAGCAAGAGAGGCAGAUGAGCCGCAGCAGGGUGCAGAGGAAGCAACACACCAAGACUAUGAUGAACCAGUAUAUGAACAUUCAGAAAACGAAGGGAUAGAGGUUUCAGAUAAUGUCAUAGACGAUUCCAGCAUAAUUUCAGAAGAAAUAAAUGUCCCCUCCAUGGAAGAACAGCAAGACACACCACCAGUUAAGAAAAAGAAGCCUAAACUUCUGAACAAAUUCGAUAAAACAGUUAAGGCUGAACUCGAUGCUGCAGAAAAGCUCCGGAAAAGGGGUAAAAUCGAGGAAGCCAUGAAUGCGUUUGAAGAACUGGUUCGCAAGUACCCUCAGAGCCCACGCGCAAGAUACGGCAAAGCACAGUGUGAAGACGACUUGGCAGAGAAGAGGAGGAGCAAUGAAGUUCUACGCAGGGCCAUCGAGACCUACCAGGAGGCCGCCAGCCUGCCCGACGCCCCCACAGACCUGGUGAAGCUGAGCUUGAAGCGACGCUCAGAAAGACAGCAGUUUCUAGGUCACAUGAGAGGUUCCCUGCUUACCCUGCAGAGGCUAGUUCAGCUGUUUCCUGGUGAUACUACAUUAAAAAACGACCUUGGCGUGGGAUACCUCUUGAUGGGAGACAAUGACAGCGCCAAGAAGGUUUAUGAAGAGGUUCUGAAUGUGACACCCAAUGAUGGCUUUGCUAAAGUGCACUACGGCUUCAUCCUGAAGGCACAGAACAAGAUAGCUGAGAGUAUCCCCUACCUAAAGGAAGGAAUCGAAUCCGGGGAUCCUGGCACAGAUGAUGGCCGGUUUUAUUUCCACUUGGGAGAUGCCAUGCAGAGGGUCGGGAACAAAGAGGCGUAUAAGUGGUAUGAGCUUGGGCACCAGAGAGGACACUUCGCCUCUGUCUGGCAGCGUUCCCUCUACAAUGUGAAUGGCCUAAAGGCUCAGCCGUGGUGGACGCCCAGGGAGACUGGCUACACGGAACUGGUGAAGUCUUUAGAGAGAAACUGGAAGUUAAUCCGUGAUGAAGGCCUCAUGGUGAUGGAUAAAGCCAAGGGUCUCUUCCUGCCUGAGGAUGAAAACCUUCGGGAGAAGGGGGACUGGAGCCAGUUCACACUGUGGCAGCAAGGAAGGAAAAAUGAGAAUGCCUGUAAAGGAGCCCCUAAGACCUGUGCUUUACUAGAAAAGUUCUCCGAGACAACAGGAUGCAGGAGAGGACAGAUCAAGUAUUCCAUCAUGCACCCUGGAACUCAUGUAUGGCCACACACAGGACCCACAAACUGCAGGCUCCGCAUGCAUCUAGGGUUGGUGAUUCCCAAGGAAGGCUGCAAGAUCCGGUGUGCCAAUGAGACCAGGACAUGGGAAGAAGGCAAGGUGCUCAUCUUUGAUGACUCUUUCGAGCAUGAGGUGUGGCAGGAUGCCUCAUCUUUCCGGCUGAUCUUCAUCGUGGACGUGUGGCACCCCGAGCUCACCCCUCAACAGAGACGCAGCCUUCCUGCAAUUUAGAAGGAAUUGACAUGGCCUUGGAUGCUCUUCAGGGAGGCUGCCUUUUCACUUCUGGAGUGUGGACGUAGACGUUCCAGUGCUGAGACUCUUCAUCCCUUUGCCUUGCAGCUAAAGACCUCUAGGGUUCCUUCUGGAUUGGAAAUCCCUGGAAGGAGUAUUCGCCAUACUGAAAUUCAUUUAGGAGGCCCCUGGCUUCACGUUAUUCUUGACAGUACAGAACUUCUGCCUGGACUGAAGGGGAACGCUUGGCUGUAUCUACAUUGCUAGCCAGAGAUAUUUUUCUACACAGAACCGUGUCUACCUCAGUGUACACUGAGGAUAUACUAUAUGUAGGAACUGUGAAUGAAUCACGUUAUUUUGUAAUUUUCCUAUGCAGUUAUAUUUUUCUAGGUAGCUACACUAUUCUGUCACCAUGUUUUUGUUGACAAGAAGUAUAAAUGCUUUACUUCUGACUGUUAAAUAGUAUUUUCCUGCUAAAUUAAGACAUAUUCCUUUUAGAAAAAAAACAAAAACAAAAAACCACUUGUGAAGAAGGCAACUUUAUUUUCCUAACACAAAUGGGAAGUUACUCCAGGAUGUAUAAACUGUGCCAACCCUUGCCCUUGGGUCUACCUGGGUAUCUUCAUUUAGACUCAGUGUCUUCCCCUUUCCCUGUGCUAAUAAUGGAAAUGAUAGCAUGUUCUUAUUUCUAGGAGCAACACUUUUUUUUUUUACACUGAGCAAAGCCUGGAAACAUUUCAUGUUGUAAUAAGAAUAUACCACAGAUACGGGGCUCAGAGAGAAGUAACAUGGAAGUGAAAGUUCCCACUCAGGGUCAGGUGGCCAGGUAGCCUGGGCUCUUUGCCUUCUGUACACAGGGCCUGGAACCUGCAGUGUCUGCCUGCUGUCCAUCCACUUGAGUGCCAAGAAGAUGGCUGCUUGGUUUCUGAGAGUCUCCUCACAGUUUUAUCAAUGGAGGAAGAGUAGCAUAGGAAGUCCCGAGGAAUGCUUGCAUUCUUCCCUGGGUGUAGGUGGUCCAGCUUGUUUGAUUCUGAAUUUGCAGACUUUUCCAUCUUCUGCACUCAAAAAACAUCUGCCAUUGAAUCGUUACUUUAAAAUAGUGUUUCCAUGUGUGUUUGAUCUGAGUACUACCCAUGGCAUAGGAAGAGCAGUAAAUAGCGUUUCCAUGUGUGUUUGAUCUGAGUACAACCCAUGGCAUAGGAAGAGCAGUAAAUAGCGUUCCCAUGUGUGUUUGAUCUGAGUACUACCCAUGGCAUAGGAAGAGCAGUAAAUAGCAUUUCCAUGUGUGUUUGAUCUGAGUACAACCCAUGGCAUAGGAAGACUAGUAAAUAGUGUUCCCAUGUGUGUUUGAUCUGAGUACUACCUAUAGCAUAGGAAGAGCAAUAGAAAAUCAUCUUGCUCCUCAUUCCAAAGACGGUCAGUUCAUUAGUGAAGCAUCACUGCAUUUGAUUUUCUAUUUUGAAUAAAGCUAAUUCAAGCCCUGCAAUAUAAUGACAAUCAUGCACUGAUCUCCAAGCCAGUUGAACAACAAUGCUGCAGGAAUGACACAGAUUCCAGCCGCACAGGCAGAUAAAACAUAGAUGCACUCUUUUCCUCUAGUGUCAAAAGAAGCAGCUUUCUGGACCUCAUUGAAAGAGAAAUUCUUUGACAUUGAAAUUGAUCCUUUUUCUUUUAGCUUAAGGAUAUUAGCUUUUAGUAGAAAGUUUACAAAAUAUGUGUCCAUUCUUAAAAUAGGUACUUUUUCCUUCUUUUGCCAGUGUUCAAAAAUUCCUCUAAAACAGAUAGCAAAGGCAUGGGAGCAAAAUAUCAAAUCAUUACCAAAUUCCAGAAAAGAAAACAAACUCUUAGAAAACAAAAAGGUAUUUGUGGUCUUCAGUAUUUAUUAAACGGCAGAACUUACUGGCAAAAGGCAAUACAAUCCAGUGUUCAUGGAGUAACAUUUGGACACCUAUUGGAUUUAGUUCUCCUACAUAUUACAUACACAUAACGAAAUGCAAACCAUAUGUUCUCCUUGUUAAACCAUCACCUUACAUUCAUGUAAUAAAAUGGUGGAAAUGAGAGAAAAUUAGCGUUUGAUAGUAAAUAUAACAUGGUUUUUAAAAUAUGGUCAUUACAGUAGGAUUCUAAAUAUUGCCGUGUGAAAAGCCAGAAGAACCAUUACUGUUACAUGAGUUGGCAGCUGCUGAGUCCAACAGCAUUUUGAGUACUUGGAUCCCACAUUUGUUUUAUAAACCCAAGCAAUAAAAGAUUUUCUAAUUGA